AUGAAUUUUGUUUUGUUUUUAACUCCAGUGGACCCACCUGCUCCCUCAUGUCAGGAGGGACACUAUUUGCCUCAGUUUCUGCACCCUACACCUGCACAUGGAGCUCGCAUUAAGGCAGAGAUCAACAAAGAAGUGGAGAUCAGAGUCAAAGCACAAGCUGCAUUUGCAACAAUACAUGGUAUCAUCAUCAGUGGACCAAUGAACAUCAGCAAGCACAGGACCGCAUAUGACGAGUUUGUCAUUAGGUGGUCUCCUACCCUGAAUGACCUGGGAGACCAUUACCCAAUCUGCUUCGCUGUCGAAUCAGUGACCGGAGCCAGUGGAACGCCUUUUCCAAGCACAACCCAAAGUUACCAUUACCACCCCACCCCAUCCUCACAGUCGGGUGUCUAUCAGUCCGAGAUGAGGUGUGUUCUGGUUGAUGUCCGGAAGGAGCAAGUUAAAUCCCAUGUGAUCUGCGGCGAGUCCACAAUGACAGUAUCAGUUGAGAAAUCUUCGUUCCGUGGACUCAGUGAGGAAAACCUGCGGCUCAGUGACCCCAGCAACACCGCCUGCAGCCUCCAGCGUCACUCCAACAGCACUCACAUCGUCGCUGUUGUCCCCCUCAACGCCUGCGGCACUCAGAUCGAGGAAGAUGAGGAAAACCUGUUCUUCAAGAAUGAAAUCACCACGGUGGACAGCUCAGAGUACCUGAUCACCAGGAAGCACCAGCUGGAGGUGCAGUUCUACUGCCAGUACCCCAAACGUGGGAACGUGUCGCUGGGCUUCACGGCGCACAGGAAUAACGUCACAGUAUGGGAGAAAGGCUUCGGCACGUUCACCUACCAGUUUGAGUUCUAUCCCGACGCCCAAUUCAGAACCCAGAUUGAUCCAAAUAAUUACCCUCUGGAGUACGACAUAGGGAGCCGGAUUUACAUGCAGAUAGAGGCCACCUCCUCCAUCAACGACACCGAGCUGUUCGUGGAGUCCUGCACAGCGGCACCUUAUGACAACCCAAACUACUGGCCAACCUACCCCAUCAUUGACAACGGGUGUAGUGUGGACCCGACUGUUAUAAUCCAUUCCCCUGCCCACCAGAGACAGUUCAAGUUCUGCAUGGAGGCCUUCAAGUUCAUCGGCUUGCACGACCAGGUGUACAUCAGCUGUUCAGUGCUGAUGUGUGAGAAAGGAAAACCCGGCACAAGGUGCUCACAAGGAUGCAUCAACUCCACAUCAGCAGCUCACCAUCAUCACCGCCGAAAGAGGGAGGCUGGCACUCAGACUGUGCGGCACUUCAUUUCCCAGGGUCCUCUGCGCUUGAGGAGAUCAGCAGAAAGCUCAGAAAGCCCAGUGACCAACCUGAACCUGAACCUGGUUUUCAUCGCUGGAUGUCUGCUUGCAGCCGUUGGCAUGAUCAGUGCCGUGGUCAUCUACAAAGCCAAAAUAUCAAGGGUCAAAUAUCAGCCUUUGCCCGCAUUUGAAAGUUAAGACAGAAUACCAGUUCUGUAUUAGUUACAUUCGACUAUACAUUUGCUUUCCUGUCCAAUAUUGAGGAUUCAUGUAUCUAAAUAUCCACCCAUUUAAAUGAAUAAUGUUAAUAUUAACACCUUUUAGAAAUGUCUACAGCUACGUCCUCUUCAGCAAGGAAAAUGGUAUGGUGUAUUUUCUAAUAACCAACACUGAAAGCAAGGAAGAUCACUGCUGAUGUUGGUCUCUUGUGGUGUUUUCCCAUAGACUGUUUAUAUAUAUAUUGAUUAAUAGUAACGGUCUUUGUGUUUUCUGUGAUUCUGUGUGACCGUGGGAGCCUAUGUAGCUUUACAAAUGCUUCCACUGUUAUGUAUUAUGAUUGGAAACAUGUCUCUUGAUUGAUAGAUGCACUCCUAUCCAACCCUAAUCAUUCCUAUAGUCAAAUGUCAUCAUUACAUGACAAAGGCUCUUGACUUCUAGAAUAAAGUCAGUUAUCAUGCACUUGCAUAAUGGAUCAAU